CAAAACUUUACACCUGCCUACCGACACGCCCGCCCCAAAUAUGAGCCCCUCCUCCUCUCCGCUCUGCUUUCUUCUUCAUCAACAACUUUAGUACUGGACGGACUGCUUAAUUACCUCUCCCUCUCUUGCUUGUAAUCGGAUCCUUACUAGUUGCUGCUACUGAAAAAUGUCAAGAUUAGAGUCAGGCUCAGGUGGUGACCCUAACAUCAAAGGCAUACCUACUCAUGGUGGACGCUAUGUACAGUAUAACGUCUACGGUAACCUCUUUGAAGUUUCUAGAAAGUACGUCCCUCCUAUUCGCCCUGUUGGCCGUGGUGCUUAUGGUAUUGUUUGUGCUGCUGUGAAUGCCGAGACACGUGAAGAGGUUGCCAUUAAGAAGAUUGGUAAUGCAUUUGUCAACAGAAUAGAUGCUAAGAGGACUUUACGAGAGAUUAAGCUUCUUCGCCACUUGGAUCAUGAAAAUGUUAUUGCUAUCAAAGACAUCAUUCGGCCUCCCCAGACAGAAAACUUCAAUGAUGUCUACAUUGUUUAUGAAUUAAUGGAUACAGAUCUUCAUCAAAUAAUUCGCUCCAACCAACAACAAUUGACAGAUGAUCAUUGUCGGUAUUUUCUCUAUCAGUUGCUAAGAGGGCUUAAAUAUGUACAUUCCGCAAAUGUCUUGCAUCGUGAUCUAAAACCCAGCAAUUUGUUCUUGAAUGCUAAUUGUGACCUUAAGAUUGGAGACUUUGGACUUGCAAGGACAACAUCUGAAACGGAUUUCAUGACCGAGUAUGUGGUCACUCGAUGGUACCGGGCACCAGAAUUACUCCUCAAUUGUUCUGAGUACACUGCAGCAAUUGAUAUAUGGUCAGUGGGUUGUAUACUUGGUGAAAUCUUGACUCGGCAAGCUUUAUUUCCUGGGAAAGACUAUGUUCAUCAGCUGAGGCUUGUUACAGAGCUCAUAGGUUCACCUGAUGAUUCCUGUCUUGGUUUCCUGCGAAGUGAGAAUGCACGAAGAUAUGUCAGGCAGCUUCCGCAAUAUCCAAGGCAAAAUUUUGCUGCUAGAUUUCCUAAUAUUUCUGCUGGUGCUGCUGAUUUGUUGGAGAAAAUGCUGGUCUUUGAUCCAAAUAGGCGUAUUACAGUUGAUGAGGCAUUGUGCCAUCCAUACUUGGCACCUCUUCAUGACAUCAACGAGGAGCCUGUCUGCCCAAGGCCUUUCCUCUUUGAUUUUGAGCAACCAUCAUUUACUGAAGAAAACAUCAAGGAACACAUCUGGAUGGAAUCUGUAAACUUCAAUCCAGGUCCUUGAGAAUUAUAUGAUUGACUUGUUGUUGUAUACAUUUGGGAAGCUAUCCCAUGGUUAUAAUGGACAACACUAUAACAUAUCCACCAGAUUCUCUGAGAGAAGAAGAGAUAAGAAACGUACUGGAUGCAUAGAAUUUUCUGUAGGUUUCUAUAAACUGAUACUUCAGAUUUUUUACAACGUCAAAAAGUGUAAGAUGGAGGACAAGCAGUGUAAUCCUAAAGUUUGCUGAGCAGAAUCUCCAUAAAGAUUCCAUCUUUAGUUGGUGUAGGUUCUUCCUGGGGCUGUGCCAUGGGCCACUUAAGCUUUAUGAGGAGUUCUCUAGUGAACUCUAUUGGUCAUGGAUUGAACUCUUCAUGGUUUUGAGGAUGCUCGAUGGUCCCUUUUUUUAUUUCCAGUUUAUGAAUGUUGAUUUUGAAUGUGAAGAAUUGCUAGGUAAUAACGUGUUUCUCUUGUGGACCUGGAAGAGAUGAAAUCUGUAGAUAUUGUUUCUGGUACUGUUGCUAUGGUUAUGCUUUAUGGUGAUUUGGACUUUAGACGUUGGGACAUGGGUGCUGGUGUUUGGCUUGACUGUUGUUAAAGAGAUCUCAUAGGUUUUUUAUCUUUCAACCGCCAGCUGCAGUAGCUGUAUUUGAAGAGAGAAUUCCAGACCCUUGCUGGUACGAACGAAGAUUGUGUUAUCAUCUGGAACAUGAACCAUGGCAAAGGUUAUGUUGAUUCUAUGGGACACUGAAGUUGAAUCGGAUAAUUUUAUCACGACUUGUGAAAUCGAUUCUAAAAAACCCCCCACUUCCAUUUCGCUAUGUUUUAGUAUUAUUUGUUGCGUGCUUAAUGCAUUUCGAUCCAAGGCCUUGUAUGGCUCGUGUCAAAUUCUGCUUAUUCAAUCUUAUAUUUGUUGACAACAAAUUUCAUGUUGCGUA